AUGGAUACUGAAAAAUCGCUUUUACCAGUGAUGGAAGAAUGUUUGACAUCAGAUUUUGUGUUUCAGCAAGAUGGUGCAGCCUGCCAUACCUCAAAAAAGGCUAUAAAAUGGAUGGAAGAAAAUAAUGAACCACUUUUGAAAUGGGUUUCUAGCAGUCCAGAUCUGUCACCUAUUGAAACUUUGUGGCACGAGAUGAAAAAGACAAAUCCGCGAUUUACAUACAAGAUCUCUGACCACAACAUCGAAGCACAUAUUCACCACGUUACAUCAAAAGCCAAGAAACUUCUAUACAUGCUGGAGAGGUCUUUCAAAGGAUCCGAUGUCAACACUUGCGCCUACAUUUACAAGGCAUUCGUGAGGCCAAUUCUUGAAUUCGCUGGCCCGGUAUGGGACACUGUGCUUCUGCGCGAUAGAAAUCUCGUCGAAUCACGAAGACUUCGUGGCGAUCUUAUAUUAAUAGCUUCAAAGUGCAGUAUGAUAGCUGGAGGAGUUACCCGCCAAUUGGAGACUGUGUGUGGUGUUAGUCGACGUACUGUCCAACGGAUUCUCAAGGCCCAUAGUUUUCAUCCGUAUAAAAUUCACCUGGUACAAGAACUUAAUGAAGACGAGUUUGAUCGGCGAUUACAAUUUUGUGAAGAUAUGAUAAAUCGUCAUAACUGCCGAUAUUGGUCCGAUUCUAAUCCUAGAAUUUAUCAUGAGGUUCAUACACAGCAGCGACAAAAAUUAAAUGUUUGGGCUGACGCCAUAGAUCCUGCCAGAAUUGAAAAUCAGAAUGAUCGGCGGUACAUUGCGAAUAGAUGGAUUGAUAGAAGAGAUCGCCAGAUUUAUCAUCUUUGA